GACAACGCUCUCGAUCGAGCCGAUGCCGCCGAAGAAAAAGUCCGUCAGAUUACUGAAAAGCUUGAGCGAGUUGAGGAAGAGCUCCGAGAUACGCAAAAGAAAAUGAUGCAGACUGAAAAUGACCUUGAUAAGGCCCAGUCCAGGAGGUAUGUGUUAAUUACUUAUAGUCGCCGUCUGCUUUGCUUUGAAGCCGCCUAA